UUAUAAAAAAAAGCCGCGCUCAGUUUCAACCCAGUUCCAUAUUUUACCUCCAACAAACACUGACUGGUGCAACGCAGCUACUCGACUAAUUAUCAACGAUGUGGUUCGUCCAGUGCCUUCUCACCUGUGUCCUGGUGGUUCGUGCUGUGGCAGCUCAAACUACCGCCGUGGGGUGCCAAUCAAGCCCGUGCCUCAAUGGAGCAACCUGCCAAGAUUUAGACUGGAUUUUCGCAGGAUACUACUGGUGCAAUUGUCCCUCAGAUUGGUAUGGACAAUAUUGCGAAAAUCCCGUUCCCACGAUAUCUCCCGGAUCUGCAUGCGCAUCGAGCCCGUGCCAAAACGGCGGGACCUGCAUUGCGGAGUGGACGUUCGGGUGGGACCCUCCACGGCCCUACUGGUGCUACUGCAGCAUGUUCUGGUCUGGCCCGGAUUGUGAAUAUUGGUCUGCUACAACAACUCCCGCUGCUACGACAACUUCCGCUCUCACUACAACUGCUGUCCCUGCGUGUGCAUCGAACCCGUGCCAAUACGGAGGAUACUGCAUAGAGGGGUGGACGUUUGAGUGGGACAUUUGGCUCCCCUACUCGUGCAUUUGCUACGGAGCCUUUUAUGGCCCGGAUUGUGCAACCACGACUCCCCCUCCCACUACAACUCCCGCUCCUACGACAACUCCUGCUGCUACAACAACUCCUGCUCCUACGACAACUCCUGCUCCUACGACAACUCCAGCUCCCACUACAACUCCCGGUCGACACGAGGGAUGGAGGAACUCGCUCGGUUCGUCCGCGCCUCCUUCGCGGGUGGAGGACGGAGACCGCGACCCAGCGGGGUCCGGCACAGAGGUGGGGCGGAGACCAGCCGAGUGGAGGCCCCAACUGGGGACUCCAACCCAUCUGCAGCAGCUGGAGCGCGCCUUCGACGAGUCACACUACCCCGACGGGGGCGCGCGCCUCGCGCUCAGCGCGCGCCUCCACCUGCCCGAGACGCGCGUCCAGCCGUAUCGCUUCACCGCGUCUCGCUGCCCGCAACUUUCAGGUUUGGUUCCAGAACAGGCGCGCGAAGUGCAGGAAACAGGAGAUGCAGACGCGGAGAGAUACGUGACGUGUCAACCGCCGCUGCUGGAUGUUGCCUGCAACAAGGACAGCCAGCAACAACGCAUAUGUCGCGUGAUGCACCACCAUCCACCAUCGUCGUCGUCGUCAUCGCGCGAGCUUGGGAUGAAGAUCGCGGUGGACGCGAUGACGGCCGUGAUGGAGACGGCGGCGAUGGAGACGCUGGCGAUGAGGUGGAAUUGUCGGCGCGAGGCUUGA